GUUAAGAGGAUUGUGCCGUUGCCGGACGGACAAACCCACCCCCGGGAACCGCAUGCUGCAGAUGGUCAGGACCCUCGCCCAGUUCACAAUCGCAUUGGAAGACAUGCGAGAACUCGGGGACCCUGCGGCUGGAGAUGCGACGUUGAGCGCCCCUUCCUCCGCCGGGGGGGCCGCCGAGGAGGGGCAGGAGAAGGCCAGGUGCAGCCCCACCAGGAAUGGCACCGCCGAGGAUAUGCGCAAACAUGUGAUCAUGACACUCCUGGAUACUGAACAGUCGUACGUGGAGUCGCUGCGGACCCUGAUGCAGGGUUACAUGAAGCCCUUGAAGCUGCCGGAAAAUGCCAUCCUCUGCGAUCCCGCCCUGGUGGACGAGAUCUUUGAUCAGAUCCCCGAGCUGCUGGAUCACCACGAGGAGUUCCUGGAGCAGAUCACUGAGUGCGUGCAGAGCUGGAGCGAGAAGCAGAAAGUGGGGGACAUCCUGGUGCAGUCUUUUUCCAAAGACAUCCUGGUGAACAUUUACUCCGCCUACAUCGAUAACUUCCUGAAUGCCAAAGAUGCUGUGAGGAUCGCCAAGGAAGCCAGGCCAGCGUUUAUGAAGUUCCUGGAGCAAAGCAUGAGGGAAAACAAGGAAAAGCAGGCACUUUCAGACCUCAUGAUCAAGCCGGUUCAGCGGAUUCCACGCUACGAGCUUCUGGUCAAGGACCUUCUGAAACACACGCCCGAAGCCCACCCGGACCACCCGUUUCUGAUGGAAGCUCAGAGGAGCAUCAAACAGGUGGCUGAGAGGAUCAACAAAGGGAUGAGGAGCGCCGAAGAGGUAGAACGAAACGCCCGGAUAGUGCAAGAGAUUGAGUCGCAUAUAGAAGGAAUGGAGGACCUUCAGGCCCCGCUGCGGAGAUUCUUGCGCCAGGAGAUGCUAGUGGAAGUGAAGGCCGUGGGCGGGAAGAAGGACCGCUCGCUUUUCCUCUUCACGGACCUGCUCGUCUGCACCACCCUGAAACGCAAGUCGGGGUCUCUGCGGCGAAGCUCCAUGAGCCUUUACACAGCAGCCAGUGUGAUCGACACAGCCAGCAAGUACAAAUUGCUCUGGAAAUUUCCGCUGGAAGACCUGGACAUUGUGAAAGGGGCUUCUCAAUCACCCAAUCGUGAGAGCAUCCAGAAGGCCAUCUCCCGCCUGGAUGAAGACCUCAGCACCCUUGGCCAAGUUAGCAAGCUUUCAGAGACCCUCAGCUUCCCCCAUCAGAGCCUGGACGACGUCAUCAAGGACCUGAUGGCUGCCAUCCACCGCGAACUGGCGGAGAAGCAGUCGCUUUCCUUCACCCAGUCUUUCCCGCCCAACAAAAUGGAGCUCACAGCAACCAAGGCGGACGGCACGGAGUCCUACAUCUUCGAGUUCCCCAACCCAGACGCGCGCCACAGCUUUGAACAAGCCUUCGAGGACACCAAGAAGAAACUAGCUUCCUACAAAAACUGCCUGGACCCUGAGUUCCUGAAGGCGAUUCCCAUCAUGAAAACGCGGAGUGGGAUGCAGUUCUCCUGCGCCUCGCCCAGCCACAGCAACCCGGAGAACGCCUACGAGGUCUGGGUGUGCAACAGCGACGGUUACGUCGGGCAGGUCUGCCUCCUCAGCGUCAAAAAGGAGCCCAUCGUCGAGGCCUGCAUCGCCGUCUGUUCUGCCAGGAUCCUCUGCAUCGCCUCUGUGCCAGGCCUCAAGCGAAGCUUCCGGGAGCGUCCCGAACCUGUGGCCAGCCCUUCCUCAGAACCGGUUCACACGUCAAUGGACGAGCCUGGCCCCCAGCAGUGCUUGCAUAUCUCCAUUUCCGGGUCUUCUCUGGAGCUCUCGGACCCAGUGGACAGCACCAACCGAGAACUGGUCCCCUUCGACAGCGACGACACAGACGACGAGUCCUCACCGAGUCCUUCCGGCACCCUCCAGAGCCAAGCCAGCCACUCCACAAUAUCUUCCAGCUUCGGAAAUGAGGAGAUCCCGAGCUCUAAAGACGCAACGGCCGAGACAACCAGCUCGGAAGAGGAGCAGGACCCUGCCGGCUUCCUUCCCAUUGCCACCACUUUCGCCCAGAACAGCGACAGCCCCAUGGACGGCCGGGCCUUGAGGCGGUCAAGUCGAGGGUCAUUCACCAGAGGCAGCCUGGAGGACCUGUUGAGCAUCGACCCAGAGGCCUAUCAGAGUUCCAUGUGGUUGGGGACAGAGGAUGGCUGUAUCCAUGUCUACCAAUCCUCGGACAACAUCCGCAACAGGAAGAAUAGCAUGAAGAUGCAACAUUCGGCCUCGGUGACGUGCAUUUUGUAUCUGGAUAACCAGGUGUUUGUGUCGCUGGCGAACGGAGAGCUCAUUGCCUACCAGAGAGAAGCCGGACGCUUUUGGGACUCUCAGAACUCCAAAUCCCUCUCCCUGGGCUCUCCCGGCAGCCCUGUGACCAAAAUGGUGGCCGUGGGCGGCAAGCUUUGGUGCGGAUGCCAGAACCGCGUCGUCGUCCUUAGCACAUCUUCGUUGCAGCAGGAGCACUCGUUUCACGUCGGGCAGGACAGCAACCGCAGCCUCACCUGCAUGGUGAGCUCCUCGGCAGGGGUCUGGGUCACCCUUCAGGGCAGCGCCCAGGUGAGGCUCUACCACCCUUCCAGCUACGACCAGCUGGCCGAAGUGGACGUCACGCCUCCGGUCCACAAGAUGUUGGCAGGUUCAGAUGCCAUAAUCCGCCAGCACAAGGCCGCUUGCUUGAGGAUCACCGCCAUCCUGGCCUGCAAGGACCUGCUGUGGAUCGGCACCAGCGCUGGAGUGGUCCUGACUCUGCCCAUGAUGUCCAACGCCGCCUCCUUGAAGACCCCGCCAUCGCCAGUGGGCCUCUCCCAGGGACACACAGGCCACGUCCGGUUCCUCACGUCCAUCGAGCUGCCGGAAGGUUUCGACAUCCUCUUUCCCUUGCCCAGGGAUCCAGGUACAGAAAAGUCCAACGACUUGGAGAAACGGGACUCCACGAGGCACAGGUCCCCCAAGUCCAAGAUGCUCAUCAUUAGCGGCGGCGACGGGUACGAGGACUUCCGGCUCACCAACAGCAGCGAGACAGUGGGGAGGGAUGAUAGCACAAACCACCUGCUCCUCUGGAGGGUCUGAUGAGCGAGCUGCGGAACAGGGCGGACCCCUCCGGAGGGGGAGAAGCCGGGAGAGAGAGAGAGAGAGAUAUUGCGUCCCGUCCUCACCGUCCCCUCGCGGACGCAUCCCCGUGUCUCAUCUCCCACCCUGAAUGUCUCGUGCGCAGGGUCGCCUUUCUGGAUCCGCCGCCGCAGAGUUAGCGGCGAGCCUCUGGGCGGGUCGCGGGCGGAACCUCCAGAACGCAAAUCCAUGUUGCACGACUUGCGCUUGCUGCUGUGUCUUGAGUGUGUGGGAGGGGCGUGUGCUCAGUGAGAGAGAGAGGAGGAGGAGGAGAGAUUAGGUGCAGCCGCCCUGAUAUGCCAAGUCCCAUUCAAAUGGGACCGAGAGAGAGAGAGAGAGAAACAAUUUAGGAAUUCAGCCCUGCUUAGGAAAGGAUUGUCUGCUAUGUGUGCGUUGCUUCGUUAGAAACGCCCAGCUCAGCCGAGGAGUUGUUGAAUGUCGUCGUGUCUCCGUUUUCGUCCGCUGAGGCCCCCGAGUCCAGAUGUCCGGGGCAACUUCCCACCUUUCUCACCAAACACAAUCAUUUUCCUCCUCCUCUUUGGUUUCUCCUCACCUUCGGCCAUCGGAUAC